AUGCAGCCAUCGUUGUCUCAAGGUGUAGGCUACGGCCUUAUUGUAGGUGGCGGCGCAUUCUUUGCCAUUGUUAUGAACUACGUCACUUUCUUACAGAAUAAAUUCAGCUCAUACAAUUCGAAAAAAGUGGAUGAGUUUGUGUCUGGGAGUAGAUCAGUUGGAUUUGGGUUAUUGCUCAGUGGUAUUCUUUCCAACUGGACCUGGAGCUUGACCUUGCUAGAAUCGGCAGUGAAAAGUUACAACAUUGGAAUCAGUGGCAGUUACUGGUAUGCAAUUGGGGGAUUGAUGCAAGUGAGUGUGUUUUCAGUAGUUUCGUCCAAAAUCAAAAAGAAUGCAAACUUGGUCACAACGUUUCCUGAAAUGGGGUAUUUCAGGUUUGGCAAGGCGGGGCAUUUGAGUUUCCUUUGGUGUGGGUUUGUCUGUAAUGCCAUUGUCAGCUCGUGCAUCUUGUUGGGAGGAUCGGCCGUGUUCAAUGCCGUAACAGGAAUAAGCCAGUAUGCAGCCUUGUUUUUGAUACCGUUUGGGUGCGCCAUCUAUGUCAGUUUUGGUGGAUUGAGAGCCACAUUCAUUUCAGAUGCUACUCAUACAUGUGUCAUAUUGGUGUUUAUCAUUGUAUUCAUGUUUGAGGUGUAUUUCGGCAGCGACAAGAUUGGAUCACCAAAAAGGAUGUGGGAGUUGCUUCAAUCAUUACCGGCAGUUGAUGACAACUACCACGGCUCAUACUUGACGUUCCGAUCAAAACAAGGUGCGAUUUUUUCAAUCAUUAGUAUCGUUACUGGAUUUGGUCUAGUAGUCAAUGAUCAAGCGUAUUUGUCACGAGCAGUAGCGGCUGACCCCAAAAUCACGUCAAGAGCAUACUUUUUUGCCUCAGUGUGUUGGUUUGUUAUACCAUUUGCCAUGGGAGCAGGCUUGGGACUUGCAGGAAGAGCACUAUCAGCAUACCCGGAUUUCCCAUCGCUUUCCGAAUUCGAAGUUGGCGAAGGCUUGGCCCCAGUAGCUGCAGCCACUUACUUGAUGGGGAAAUCUGGCUCAGCAAUGAUUUUGGUGAUGAUUUUCUUCUCAGUAACGUCGUCAUUUGCAGGAGAAUUGAUCGGCACGUCAACCUUAAUCAGUUACGAUAUAUACAAGAGAUAUGUCAAGCCCGAUGCAACCCCGAAACAAGUGGUCCGAGCUGCCAAGAUCAGUGUCUUUGGCUGGGCCAUUUUCUCAUCUUGCUUGGCGUCGAUUUUUUACGGUGCUGCAAAGAUAAGUAUGGGGUGGUUGUUUAAUUUCCUCGGGUGUGCCACUGGUGCUGGUGUUUUCCCCAUUGCGCUCAGUUUCACUUGGAAGGAUCUUAAUAAAGCUGGCGCUGUUGGUGGAGCUGUGGGUGGAAUGUUUUUGGGUAUCGUUGCAUGGUUGGUGACUUGCAAAGCGUAUACUGGCGAAGUCAACGUCACCAAUUUAUCGAACCAAUGGGUUUCAUUCACUGGUAACGUGACUGCUUUAUUUAUGGGUGGGAUAAUUUCGAUUGUAAUGUCGUUAAUCUGGCCAGCCAAUUUUGAUUUCAAUGAGACGAGAAAUCGAACCAGUUUGGUAAAGAGAAAGCAAUCUGAUGAGUUGGAAGAUGUCCAAGAGGCAAUCUCGGUUGAGUUGAAGCAUUCUCCUGUUCACGUUAGUCAGUCAUCUGCUGACGAUGAUGCUUCAACGUCGGAGUUGGACAUGAACUUGGAAGCCGUAAUUGAUCAUAAGCACUUGGACCACCAGUUCAAGAAAUAUGGUAUAUUGGUGGCUAUCCUUGCGUUGGUUAUGACCAUUAUCAUUCCUGUCCCAUUAGGUGCCUCUCCAUACAUUUUCAGUCCAAACUUCUUAUUAGGCACAGUGGUUGUAAUUAUUAUCUGGUUGUUUUGCUCCUUUUUUUACGUUGUGGUGUUGCCAGUUGUCGAGGCUAGACACAGUAUUUGGCAGAUUGUAAAGUUAAUGGUGGGGAAAAGUGAGAGUAGCUGA